CCCUUACUUACCUUGCAGAUUUCCCGGGACUACGGUGCCGAAGUCCUCGGCUACGUCCUUCGGGCGCACUGACAGGCAUACUUUCAGUACAGCUCCUGUUAGCAGAAGUAUAGCUGCUCACUGAUCAUGGGCAUUGCACUGGUCAGACCAGCAGCCGGCAGGAGGAGGUACACGAUAUAGGUGACGACGCGCAUUAUGCAAAAGCGAAUGGAGGAAUACUCAGCCGUGUGACGAGUUUAUAUGUACGGUGUGAGCGGAGUAUGCCGGCUUCGAUGGCCCCAAAACCAUAUAGCUCUCGUUCACGCCAUCUAUUGCACUAGAUUGAAGCUUAGGUUCAGGUGUACAAUCACACCGAGACCACUUCCAUGUGCGUGCCAAGACGAGCUGUUGGUGCCCUAAGGCUUUAUCGACGAGCUAACUAUGCCCUUACAUGGUAGGCUACUAUUACUAGUCUAUCUUCGCAACUCAUGCUGUGCAAUUUUGCUCAGGAAUGCCGCGUGCUGCACACGCAGCGUCGGAGCAGGCAGCGUUAUGUCCUUGUCGCUGCACUUCGGUGCUGCUAAGUCCGCGGCCGAGUCGACCACUUGGAAGUUGUGGCUGCCUGGUUACGACCAAUGUGCGAGCGAAAGCUAGGUACAAGUCAUCUCACGAUCGUACCAGCGCAAUACACACAUCGUGCUUUGAUUCAUCCGCUUUGUAGCGGACCUCGUGCCCUCCAACCAGACCACCGGGGGAACGCUCCGCUUUCGUAGUCCUCUGGUGCGGGAAUCACGCCCCCUCGCCCACUUCGUCAUGCUCCCGUACCGAAGCAAUUGGACCGCUCCAUUACAACCUUGAAGUGCGCUCUAGAAGCUAACGCUCUGUCUUCCAGAAUGAACGGAGAGGCAUCUCUGGCGUCUCUGGAAGGUGCUGCACUCGCUAAGUUUACGACAGCCAGAAGAAAGCAUGUAAUUGGGGUGAGAAAUGCCUCGCAACGUGAGAAGGCUAAUAUCGCUAGUGGUUAAACAGGGAAUACUGGCUGAGAAGCAACGUCUCGAAGGAGCACCUGAUAUCGUCCCGCUGGACUAACAUUACGUGCUGUGCUCGGUGCUAGUGUGUUAUCACGAGACGCAUGCCUUGCCUUGGAACUCGAUGCAUCCGUCUCGUCUAACGCUCGCAAGCAAGCAAGACACAAUGAAGCUAUGUCCGAUAUCAUUUAUUGGUAUGCUUUUAUCUCGAUGGCAAGGACACGUCCGGUCCGAGGGCGGAACGGUGAAGCCCCGUGGCCAUGUCGGUGAGCGAGCCGUCACUUGU